AUGAAUAUGAAUUAUAAAGAUAAAUAUAGGAGUGAUAUAACGUUUGAUGAUUUAGAUGAUCUUGAGUUUGAUUUUCAAAAUGAAAAUAAUAAAUUUGAUAAACAUAUAAUAAAUAAUAUUAGUAACUAUAAAUUUAAAGGUAAUAGAUUAUCAAAUACACCUGCUACAAUAACUACAACUACGACUACGACUACUACUACAAAUAAAGCAGCAGCAAACUCAACAUUAAAUAACAAUGACAAUAGUGGAAAUAAACUUAAUAUUAAAUCAUCAUUAUUUAAAACACCAACUUUAAAUAACCCAAAUACAAUAACACCUACAACAACUAUUGCAAGCUCUACAAAUGAUCAACUUGAAACACCUAAACUAUUGAAUAACAGCAACAGCAAUAGAAAUAGUGGUAGUAAAUUCAAGACACCCAAUACAUGUAUUCCAAAGAUGAGUGCUAGCAAGAAUGAAUUGACAUCAUCCAGUGUGAUACCACCGGUGGCUGUAUCUGCCUCUGCUACUAGUAAAUCUAAAACACCAAUGAAGCAGACAGCCAAAGACUACACCUACUUCGCAUUGACAGAGAACAAGUCGAAGGAGAUCGGAUUCGCAUCGUAUCAUACCAACAGUGGUCAAUUUGAAAUCGGUCAAUUCUGUGAUUCUCAAACCUACGUUCAUUUAUAUACCAAACUAUUUAUACUUCAAGUAUCAUUAAUUAUUACACCACCAUUAAACGAUGAUUCAGAGUUAUUAAAGAUGAUAAUGAAUAAAUUUCCAAACGUUGAGAUAACAACCAUACCUAGAAAGAUAUUCAAUGAGAACAACGGUAUUUCUCUGAUCAAACAAUACUCAACGCCAGACAAACUGUUACUUCUCGAGAGGAACGUUACCUCUAAAUACUUGGCACAAGCAUCGUUCUCUGCUCUCAUCAAAUAUCUUGAAGGUGUAAACGAUAUUACUUUCUCUAAUAGCUGUUUAUCGAUAUUCUAUUCAAGUUCUGAGAGAAUAAUGCAAAUUGAUGCUGAAUCAAUAAAGAAUUUGGAAUUAGUACGUAAUUCGUUGAAUGGAAGUAGAGAAUCUACGUUGUUCUCAUCGUUGAAUCAUACAAAGACACCACAGGGUGCAAGAUUGUUGAUUAGGAAUCUAGUACAACCACCCAACGAUAUGGCAACCAUUAGAAUGAGACAAGAGUCAAUCAAAGAGAUACUGAGCAAUGAGAGAUCAUUCUUUACAAUCGGUCCAAUUCUCUCAAAGUUUAAAGAUCUCGAUCAGAUGUUAGUAAACUUUACAUUGAAGACCGAUUUCAAUUCAAUGAGUAUUACAAAGAUACAGAAAUUCAUAAAGUCAAUCAUUGAAUUUAAGAAUAUCAUUGAUUUGUUACCAAAGCUACAUGAUUCAUUAUCCAAUAUGAAGACACCACUACUUAAAGCAAUCUAUGAAAACAUCUCCAAUCUCGAGAUAAAGACAAUCAGUGAUGAAACAGUUAAAUACUUUAAUGAGAGAUUACCUUCAAACAAAUCAUCCUUAGCAAACAAUAUUGUUUACUCUAUUAAAGAUGGUAUCAAUGGGUUAUUAGAUGUUUGUAAGAAAACAUAUAAUGAGAUAUUAAAUGAUAUAAACAAAUUAGUUACACAUUAUCAAGAUCAAUAUAAAAUGCCAGGAAUCAAGUUACACCAUAAUACUGGAAAGGGUUUUCAUUUGUCUAUCUAUUGUAAGAAUAGAUCUUUGAUGCAGUUACCAUCGAUAUUCAUAAGAGCGACAUUCAAAAAGAAUAAGUGUGAAUUCGUAACUGACGAUCUGGUAUCUCUAUCGAGAAGAGUCAAUGAGGUAUUCGAUGAGAUCGUAUUGCUUACAUCGAUCUCUGUUUCCAAUCUCAUUGAUUUCUAUCGUGAGAGAAUAUCCUCACUCUUCAACGUCUCUGAAUCCAUCUCAUUGCUUGAUCUUUUAUUUUCACUUGGUUCCUAUGUAACUUUAAAUGAUACAGUAUGUCCACAAUUCUAUGAGAAAGGACCAUUGGCAAUUAAACAAGGUUAUCAUCCAUUCUACUUAUACAAAUCAAGUAAAAAUCGUUUAGAUAAUGACAAUCAUAAUUAUUUCGUACCAAAUGAUACAAUGCUUACUCAAACAGCCAACUUUCAUAUUUUACAUGGACCAAACAUGAGUGGAAAGACAACAUAUAUUGAACAAGUUGCUUUAUUAUCUAUUUUAGCACAUAUUGGUAGUUAUGUUCCUGCUAAAUUUAUGUCUUGUCCAAUAAUUACUAAUAACAGCAUUCUACCAUUUGAUAAAAUAUUCACUAGAAUAGGAACAUCCGAUAAUUUACAAUCAAAUGCUAGCACUUUUAUGACAGAGAUGACAGAGAUCUCCUAUGUUUUAGAAUGUGCAACCGAUCGAUCGUUGGUUAUUGUCGAUGAACUUGGCAGAGGAACAUCAAACAUCGAAGGUUCAUCCAUUGCAUGGGCAAUCAGUGAGAAGAUUGCUAAUAUAGGUUGUAUGACAUUGUUUGUAACACAUUAUCAAGAGUUGUUGGGUAUGUCUUUUAUAUAUCCAAUGAUUCGUAACUAUCAUCUCAGUGUAACUAGAGAGGAUGAUCAGUUGAAAUAUGGUUACAGUUUGAGUGAGAGUGUAUCUACUGUACAUCGAUAUGGAAUCGACAUUGCUAUGAUUGCUGGUAUCGAUGAACAGGUCAUUCAGAUUGCUCGAUCGGUAAGCGAUCAGUUGGAUCUCCAACAGAAAGACCAAGAUGCAACAUCGAAAGAUCAACAACAAACGGUGCACCCAGCAAGAACAGCAUUUCAACUGGUACAGAAACUAUUGAAUCUCGAACACUCCAACUAUAACGAUCAACAAAUCACUGACUACAUAGCGGAUCUCAGAGAACAAUAUUCAAUCGAUUUAAAUAGUCAACUUUUAAAAUGA